AUGACAUCUACAUCUACAUCCCCACCUCUCUGCUCCAACUCGACUCCCAACAUCUCCGCGUCCGACGCCGUCCUCCACCUCAGCAGUGCUACACACAUCGACGCACCCUCACAAGAUGUCUGGAACGCCCUAAUUGACACCUCCACCUGGCCAACAUGGAAUACCUUCGUACCCCGAGUCACCAUCCGCGAACAACCAGACUCCCCUGAUGCCUCCCCGGACUCCCUCUCGCCGAUCCUACAAAAGGGAACCAAAAUGACCUUCCACGUACACAUGGAUCCCUCGUCGACUAAACCGCAAAAGGCAAACGAUACCCAGCUUGCGAUCGUCGAGUUUGAGCCACCGAACCCCAGCGCCAAAAAACCAGGGCGGAUUGUGUGGGCCAGUGACCCCAAUGCCAAGGGCGGAUUUCCUGCGUCGCUGCUGACGGCAGAAAGGGUACAUGAGAUUGUGGAGAUAGAGGUUCCAGGGGAAGAUGGGCAGAUGAGGCGGGGGACUGAGGUGCGCAAUUGGGAAGCCCAGGUUGGGUAUUUGGUGUAUAUUGUGCGGUGGAUGUUUGGGGGCCGGUUGAAGGAGAAUUUUGAGAUUUGGGUACGGGAUUUGAAAGGUGAGGCAAAUGGUGAUCGACAGACGGCUGACAUGCAGGACAUGAUCAAGAGACCGGGGAAUGUUGAAUAUUUGCAUCAGCUGUUCCAGGUUUACCACUUGCUUGGGUAUCUUGAUGCUGCUCGGCUAAACGAUGAUGCAGUGGAACUACGGCCCAAGAAAACAAACAUAUUUCCUGCGGAUGUUCGCGUAACAGAAACCGACUUCAGGGAAGCUGGUGUGAUGAUUCCUUGA